UGUUCAAAGUUAUUGAAAACAGAUAUUAUCGCAGACCUCAUGAUCUGAGAUGCAUUUAAUGCUAUUUAGCAUCCCUCGAAAUUUGUUUACAUAGCUACAAGAAAGUUAAACUUUCCCUUCGACGUAAACUGACAAUUAUGGGUAGUUCCCUUUCGUAUUUAAACUGACCAAUAGAAUUACGAUUGGGGGACGAUAUAAAUCCAGGCUGUUUAACGGAUGCCUACUGUGUUAUUUGAAUUCUAGACUUAAAGAAUCGUCUGGAGUAUCAGAUAUGGAAUGGAGGUUUCUUGCAGCUGUAAAACUGAUACAUGCCGUUGUUCAUGCAGACAUUAUCUCUGAGUUUAUGUCCAGGGAUCCUACUUAUGAUGACAGGGCGACCUCAGCGACAAAUGUGAUGGACCAGACGGAAUUAAAUAGUUUUUUGCUAUGUGCAUCUUAUUGCACCAGGACUUCUGAAUGUAAAUCUGUAAUGUACAAUUCCAGAACCCACUUCUGCCAGGUACUGUCAGUUUAUUUGGAUUCAGGGUCUGACAUUGGACCACAAAAUUCGACAGGAUGGAACUAUUACCUGAGAAAAAUAGACACCCACACAACAGAAAGUGUUAUUUCUACAACUACCUCUGUUGCCAUGACGACGCCUUUCGAUUGUUCCAUUUGGCAUUCACACAAUGGUCAUUGGUAUAGAUGGGAUACUAAUGAAAGAACCUUCACGGAUUCGCAGGCAUUUUGUCAGACAUUGGAUCCCAAUGCGUACGUCAUAGAAGUGGAAUCACAAAGCGAAAACGACUGGCUUCUCUCUCUAACUGCAACCCACUGUGGAAAGCCGCACGAAUAUUGGUUAAAUGGAUCGGAUAACGAUGACUCGGGUUCAUUCACUUGGCUCCAUGGUGGAACGAUUACAAGUUACAAGAAUUGGUAUGGCGGAGAACCGUCCUCCAUCACAGAAAAAUGCAUCGCAUCAUCCACAGGAUAUAACGGAGUAUGGAAUGAUAUAUCUUGUAGUGCACAAAGACCCGUAGUUUGUGAACGAGACAAUUGAUCCGAGUGGCCAAUAUCUUCCAUACAAUAAACACAUGUAUUUAA